CUCUUUGCGGCAGCACGGUUCUACUUCGCCCAUGAGUUGAGUUGGCCCGGUCGGUCUCUCAUAUCGUGACGUGUGUUACCUCAAAUUGUAUAGGUUACUAAAUAUGGAGUUAUACGGUUUUGUUGCAGAUAACAUGCAGUGAUACGAGGGAGAGAAAUUAGCGCGCAAAUCGAGUCGUGUCGGUGUUUCGGAAGAAGUAAUAAUGCCUCGCGCGGCUGGCAGAAGAGACGGUGGGGCUAGCAGAAAUGUGAUGUGUGUCUUGUUUCCGCUCACCGCCGUGUUUUUGUUUUUGUCGGUCGGUGUUACUGCUAUUCAAGAGGAGCAAAAAGCUGUCCCGGAACAGCCCCCGCAAGAGAAAGUCUCCAGUGCCCAGCCACCGGGCCCAGUGGUUUCUGAAGAUGUCUCCACCAAAGGGAACCUGGGCUUCAUUCAUGCCUUUGCUGCCUCUUUAUCUGUCAUCAUUGUCUCUGAGUUGGGAGACAAGACCUUUUUCAUCGCUGCUAUCAUGGCCAUGCGCUACAACCGCCUCACCGUGCUGACCGGGGCUAUGCUGGCCUUAGGAUUCAUGACUUGUCUUUCUGUACUGUUUGGCUAUGCCACUACCAUCAUCCCAAGAAUCUACACAUACUAUGUAUCCACUGCUCUGUUUGCCAUCUUCGGUAUUCGCAUGCUUAGAGAGGGGCUAAAAAUGAGUCCAGAUGAAGGUCAGGAGGAGCUGGAGGAGGUGCAGGCAGAGAUCAAGAAGAAGGACGAAGAGCUCCAGCGGACUAAGCUCGCUAAUGGGACUGCAGAUGUGGAGGCUGGAACAGGGACUGCUGUUCCUCAGGGAAAGUGGCACAGCUUCAUCUCACCCAUCUUCAUCCAAUCCCUCACUCUCACUUUCCUCGCAGAGUGGGGGGACCGAUCGCAGCUAACUACAAUUAUUCUAGCUGCCCGGGAGGAUCCAUUUGGAGUCGCAGUGGGCGGCACCAUUGGACACUGUCUGUGCACAGGUCUGGCUGUGAUAGGAGGGAGAAUGAUUGCCCAGAAGAUAUCGGUUAGAACAGUUACAAUCAUUGGAGGAAUUGUUUUUCUGGCAUUUGCCUUGUCUGCCCUGUUCAUCACACCAGAAACUGGACCUUAAAUUGGAGGAAAGACUUUCAGGUUCACUUUGUAAAUACUCGUAACAUUUGAUCAAGUUGCUGUAGAUGCAUUUUAGUUUCGACCCUCUAAGUCUAAAGGACUCAACAAAGAGUUGGAGUCCUGUCUUCCUUUCCUUGAACGUCUCUGUUCCUUUGUGAUCUGUGAAUCAGUUGGAUUUCUCAGAGGUUAAUUAACAACCUGUAGGUGGCAUCCAAACCUCAUGGGAAAUGUGUUUGUUGACUGCUUACAAGGUGUGUUUCAUCUUCAUCUCAUCUAGCGAAGGAAAGACUGAAUCACAGAGGCCUGAUUAACAGGUGCGAGCUUAGAAAGGAGGGAGGACUUUGUCACACUCUUUAAAACUUGUAUUCUUUUCACACGGUGUGUGAGAGAAAACUAGAUUGUUGCAGAUUGCUGCCCUAUAACGUUCUACAGGUGGCUGAGAAACUGAAGCCAACUUUCCUCAUAGUAACAUCUCAGCAAAGGAACUUAGUCCAUUUAAAAAAUCUUUUCCGUUUUUAAUGUCUAUUUUAAAUGUUAAGAAUGAGCCCCUUUGCUGUCAGGUGACUUUUGGCAAAAUAUGAGCCGCCAGUUUCCUCCCAAGUACAGCAGUUGAGGCUGGUGUUACUGUCGUUUCCACUAUCUGUUAUUAGCUUCUUCGUUUUUUUUAAACGCACACCUUACAGAGGUGCAUGUGAGAGUGCAUUCAGAUUCUCUGUCAGAUUGGACCAGUGUGCAAAUGGCACAGCUAACAUAACACUAUCCAGAUAGCUCCCCUGUGGUUACCACACAGAUUACUUCCAACGGUGUGAACAUGUCUCGAGUACUAUUUACUGCUACCACAUGUCAGAUGUGGGACAGCUGUAGAGCAUAUCCCCGUCUGGUGUUCUGCGGAUUGUCACAGAGCUUGUUUACUUCAGAGGAAAAACACCAAAACCAGAACCAGCUGCACAUUUAUAGCAACAGUUUCUGUGAUCUGACUUACACUCAAUUUUUUUUUUU